AUGGAGAUCAACAACAUGAUGAGAAGGAAUAGUUCCCCAAUGCUUAUCCAUCCAACAUCUAUCAAUGGACAUGCACAUCAACAGCCAAUUGCAUCCAAGCCAAAGCACGACCAUUCGCACGAGUUGUGCCGUGUCUGCGGGGAUAGCUCUGCGAAAAUGCACUACGGCGUCCUGACGUGCUUUGGAUGCAAAGGCUUCUUCCGUCGUGCCCUGAAGCGUCCAACCGAAUACCAGUGCCGCCAUAAUGGAACAUGCGUGGUGGAUAGACAAGAGAGGAAUUCAUGUAGAUAUUGUCGAUUCAAGAAAUGUCUCGAUGUUGGAAUGGAUCCGAAAGCCGUUCGGCCGGACCGUGACGCGACCGGACGACAUCAAGGGAGGGCGAGAAGGGGAAGACAACAGACAGAUGAUGAGGGGGAAGUCGAUUCGGAAUGGACAAGGAAGCUGCCGGUCGAUAUGAGAACGACGUUGAUGCAGUUAAUGAACACUGAUGUUAUGGUAAACAGCGGUGAUGCGCCAUCGGAUGCCCGUUCGAUCUACCCUCUUUCGUAUACAUUACGACAAUUAUUGGAGGAUACCUCACUUUUGGACGGCAAAAAGACUGAAAUCAGAUACGAGGCAUUUCGACACGUCGAACAAGUCGAAUUACCCGCUAUUGCACACAGAAAUCUCCUUGCUGUGAUCGAUUGGGUUGAUCAUUUGUGUGAUAUGAUGGAUUUGCAUAAUGUUGAGGAUAAGCUAGCCCUCGUGAAGCACGGCUACGCUCCCCUGCUCGUGCUCUCCUUCUCGGCAGCCUCAGCCUCGUGUACUCGUGCUCACGACGUGCUCUGCCUCUGCAAUUAUGGAUGUGUGCCACGGAAUGCGUCGAAAGUUUUUGAUGAUCCAUACCAUCUCGCCAACCGUGUUGUCCCCCGUACCCUCGACGAGCUCGUGCUCCCCUUCCGCCAGAUGAGCCUCCGGGAGGAGGAAGCCGUCCUGCUCAAGGCCAUUUUGCUGCUCAAUUCUCAAUGUCGUCCCCUCUCAGCCGAUGCCUCAGAAGCUGUAGCCGAUCUUCGAGAUCGUAUGCAAGAGACAUUAUACCAUGUCGUCAGAGAAACACACCCAAAAGAAGUCGCGUCCAGCCGAUUUGGAAAUCUUCUGCUGCUACUGCCAUCUGUAUAUCUAAUUGGGAACAUUGUGGUUGAAAAUCUUCAAUUCGUCGAUUCCAUCCUGCACACUUUGACGGAUCCAUUGAUGAGGGAUUUCUUGUCGCUACAAGACGAGGAAGAGGACACGCAUAGUAUUCACGCGGAACAGUUGCAGAUCCUGGAUGAGCGCCCUCUAUCUUCGAGUCUCUCCCACUCGGCCUCAUCUUCAUCCCUCGAUUCCCUUGGCAGUCAUUAGCACGGAGGACCCGAACAAGAUUACCCAGUGAUGGACGUGGACCCGCAAUGCCUCCCCCCACCUCCACAAUGUUCCAUGGGUCAACCACCACCUCAACAGCAGCAACAGCAACAACAGCAACAACGAAUGCACCAAACCCCUCCCGAAUCCCCCAUGGACCGCCCACAAUUCUUCAUUUCGACGGUCGAGAGCACGAAGCAUAAGUUUACCGUCACCACCUCACUUGAUAAUCGAUAUCAAAACGGAAACUACGCUCCACCGCAACAGGCUCCAGGGAUUUCAUCCAGCCCGUAUUUGGGACAUAUGAAUGGAAUGCCCCCGCAGGGUCAGCAACAACUCGCCCGCACCAACUCGCUGCCUCCACAUCAGCAAUUCGUGUCAAUCCCCGUCUACACCCAACAACCCCCUAAUUAUCCACCUCAACAACAACAACAACAGCAGCAUCAUCAGCAUAUGGAGCUUGACGAUGCCCCGAUGCCCCCGAAUACUUACUAUAAUUGUCAG